GUCAGACCGAGCGAUCCUUUAUUCACUCCUCUCCAUGUUAUUGACAAGCAGCUCUACUUCCGGUGAUGGUUUGAUAUACAGCUACCAUGGGACUGACGAGGUUGCGAAGGACCCCUCAGGUAGACACACCAUACCCAUCUCCCGAAGGUCACCUUCAACUCCUCGCACCCCACUCGAUCCCUUGAGGCCUGGAACACCGACACAAUGGGAGUCAACGGGCUUUGGACAGUCGUACAGCCUUGCGCUCGGCCGACCAAUCUUGCAACACUGAACCGCAAGCGUCUCGCCGUAGAUGCUUCCAUCUGGAUUUACCAGUUCCUCAAAGCAGUGCGCGACAAAGAGGGAAAUGCCCUUCGCAACAGCCAUGUAGUAGGUUUCUUCCGGAGAAUAUGCAAGUUGUUGUGGUUCGGCAUCAAACCCAUCUUCGUGUUUGACGGUGGCGCCCCUGCCCUGAAGCGCGCCACCCUACAAGGCCGCCGCAGGCGCAGGGAGGGCAGACGUGAAGAUGCCGUGCGCACCGCAGGGAAGUUGCUGGCUGUACAGAUGCAGAGGAUCGCCCAGGAGGAGGAUGAGAAGCGUAAGGAGAGAGAGCGACAAAGGGAUGCUAGCCAGGAGGAUGGUGCGGUCCCGACGGAGGAGCUGCCCGACAUGAGCAAUAUCGUCUACGCCGAUGAGGCGUUCAAACCUGAAGAGGAGCGCAAAAAGGAGAGGAAAUUCUUUCGACAGGAUCAGUACCACCUACCGGAAUUGGGGACCAGCAUCGAGAAGAUGGGCAAGCCGGAGGAUCCUCGAAUCAUGAGCGUCGAGGAGCUGGAGGACUAUGCGAGACAAUUCCACAACGGUGAAGAUGUCAAUCUGUACGACUUCAGCAAGAUCGAUUUUGACGGCGACUUUUUCAAGAGCUUGCCACCCGCAGAUCGGUACAACAUCCUUAACGCAGCACGGCUGCGGAGCCGGCUCAGGAUGGGACUAAGCAAAGAGCAGUUAGGAACCAUGUUUCCUAAUCGCAUGGACUUCUCGAGGUUUCAGGUCGAGCGCGUCCAAGAGCGCAAUCGUCUUACGCAGAGGCUAAUGUUCGAGAUGAACAUGGGGGGCGACCUGACAGUCACCGGCGGCGGACGAGUUGCCGGAGACAAAAAUCGAGAAUACAUCCUGGUAAGGAACGAAAACGCUGAUGGUGGAUGGGCUCUGGGUGUUGUUAGCACCGAGAAAGACUUGGGCGAAGCUCACAAGCCGAUCGAUGUCGACAAAUUGCACUUCAAGUUCGAGGCAAAAGACGAGGGUGAUGAUGCAGACGAAGAGGAGGACGAGGACUUUGAAGACGUGCCUAUAGAAGGCCUGAACCGUCUACCGAAGAUUAGAGGCCACAGAGUGCGAUUUCAGGACGGCUUGGAUCAGAAUUCAGAGUCUCUCUUCGGGGACGAUAACGAAGCCAGCAAUGACUUGUUCGUGGCCCAAGACAACGAGGAGGAAUUCGCGGCAGACGAGGAGGAAGACGUAGCACGAGCGAUUGAGAUGUCCCUUCGAAAUCAGCAUGGUGCUGGCAAGGAGCCUGAGGCAGUCCGGGGUGACGAACAUCUCGAAGACGUGCAAGUCCCGGAGUGGAAGCAGAAGGCCGUGGAUGGACCACAACCUAUCGCAUCCACAGCCGGCAGCAUGGUUGCCCAUAUCAUCAACAACCGAGCCAAUGCAUCCGUACCAAAAAGAAGACAAAGCGUCGACAGCGACAGUGAAGAAGACCUGCAAGCAGCAUUAAGGGCUGCAAGGAAGAGAAAGUCCGCAGUGAAGCCGAAGGCGACUGAGCCGAUACGUCCAAAUGUGAAGAAUCCAUUCGACGGGCCUCUCCCUUUUGAGAAAUUGAAUUGGAGGAGCUCGAUAUUCGAGAAAAAGCCUCCGCCGAAAUCCAACCCAGAUCAGAGCCUACAAGACAUCUUUGAGUCCGAAGGUGGCUUCCAAAUCGAAGUCCCUGACCCGAUGUCGGUUGGAGAUGCUCAACUGGCAAGUUUGGAAGAUGCAGGUCAUCUCAAGGACAAGAGCCUUGAGGGAGGGUUCGAGAAAGGAGCUGGCGCGGACAAAGCACCGCAGCCUCUGCCUCCGUGGAUGAUCAAUGACGAGUCAGACAUUCGGGAGAAAAUGCAGAAGCAGCGACAAAUCGAGACAGUGGUCAAUGAUGAGGAUCAGCGGCUAGCUGAGGAAGAAGAGCGUCUCCGCCUCAAGCGACAGAAUGAAAUCGUCGAAAUUGAAUCAUCCGACGACGAUGACGGCUUUGAGAUUGUCGAUGCGCCGCCACUCAGGCCUGCCCCCCUCAAGACUCAGGGCAUGAAUGAGGCAUCAUCCACAGGUAGCGGUUUUACAGUCACACUACCGUCACUUGACAAGGACACUUCUGAAGAUGUACCGACAGCAGCCCCAGCGGCAGACUCAGGAGACACAGUCAGUCAAAAUGGCGAGGGUGGUGUAGAUCAGUCCCGGACAGCCCGUUCUCCGUCAUCUGAGAUGGAUUUUGAGAAUGUCGAGUUACCGCAACAACGCCAUACAGUAAGCUCACCCCCGAUACAGGAGCAAGACAGUGGCGAAGCCGAAGAUAUAGUGUUUGAAGACGUUGGGAUGUCGGAAGAGCAGUCGGAAGUUGCUGGUCUGUCCACACCGACCGGAAAGGCUGCCGAAAGCGAAGAAAUCAGCUUCCAGGAUGCCGCGCCUUCAACACCACCAGUAGCUCAGCAGGAGAUGGUCGAAGGCCUUGCGCCAGUAGCCGACCCACCCGUAGCGGAUGACGAUGGCAUCUUCUCUGACGGCGACUACGAGGAAUUCAGUGACCCCGAGGAAGAGCAGCUCUUGGCGCAGAUGGCUGAGGAGGCUGAAGAGCAUGCUCGGUUCGCAAGCCAGCUGAACAACAAACCGGCCUACCAGAACCAAGAAGACUACGAGCGGGAGCUGCGAGCACUACGAAACCAACAAAAGAAAGACAGGCGCGACGCCGACGAGGUCACGCAAAUCAUGGUGACGGAAUGCCAAGCCCUGCUGCGCUUGUUUGGCAUACCAUACAUAACAGCACCAAUGGAAGCAGAGGCUCAAUGCGCCGAGCUGGUACAUCUCGGGCUCGUCGAUGGUAUUGUCACCGACGAUUCUGACAUUUUCCUGUUUGGCGGUACGAGAGUCUACAAAAACAUGUUCAACAGCAACAAGUUUGUCGAGUGCUACCUGUCUGGCGACCUCGAGAAAGAGCUGUCGCUCUCCCGCGACCAGCUCAUCUCAAUAGCGCAACUGCUGGGGUCCGACUACACCGAAGGCCUUUCGGGGAUCGGGCCAGUCACGGCUGUGGAGAUCCUGUCCGAAUUCCCGGGCCGGGAUGGUCUCGCCGAGUUCAAGGAAUGGUGGAGCGAAGUGCAGCAGGAUGCCAACCGCCCAAAGGAAGCCGACGCGCACUCUUCUUUCCGGAAGAAAUUUCGCAAGAGCCAGGCCACCAAGCUCUUCCUGCCGCCGAGCUUCCCCAGCCCGGCUGUCUACGACGCCUACCUGCACCCGGAUGUCGAUAAGAACCCAGAACAGUUCCAGUGGGGUGCGCCAGACCUGGAAGGGCUGCGGCGGUUCCUGAUGGCGACAAUCGGGUGGAGCCCGGAGCGGACGGACGAGGUGCUCGUGCCGGUCAUCAGAGAUGUGAACCGCAGGGACAUGGAGGGCACGCAGAGCAACAUCACCAGGUAUUUCGAGGGGAGUGUGGGCGUGGGCGCGAAGGAGGCGUUUGCGCCCAGGCAAAGGCAAGCUGGGAGCAAGAGAAUGGCGGCUGCAGUGGGCCGGCUGCGAGCCAAUGUCAGUGGUGCCGUCAGUGGUGCCGUCAGUGGUGCCGGCGCUAUGGCGGCAGAGCCAGACAAAUCUGGUGACGGCACGCCAGUGGAAGGGCCGAAAAGGACAGCUCAGGGGAGCAGCGCAGGGAAAACACGAAAGCGUAAGGCUCGGGCGGCAGCUGUUGUCGAGAGCGACGGAGACGGCCAAGACGAUGACGCCGGCGAUGAGGACUUUGUUGAUGAGGACAUGCCAGGGACCGCCAGGAAGACUGGCUCCCAAAAUACAGGUCGGGGAAAGGCGAAAGGAAAAAAGGCCAAGAAGUAG